UCCACUUGCUGCAAUCAAAAUUGUAGUAUAGUACCUAGACUAUCAAUUACCAGGUUCAUUGCAAACCUGGUAUGAGGAAGGGUGUGUCAUUGGUGGCAUUGCUUCCGUAACUAGUGUUACAGCCACUUUCUUCAUACUCCACUAGAUACACUAGCAGUUUACUGGAUUGUUGAGCCCUGCGAUAGGCAUUGAUGGACACGACACUAACUUCAUACAGUCCCUGAGAGAGACCACUGAGCGAGAGGUUAUAGAAGGUAGUUGUAGUUGUAGUCUGGCAGUCAGGACAGUGGAGGGGCCACCGGCAGGUGUGGGAAUGGAGAGAGAGUACCAGAGAUCAGGAUGGGAGUCAGUGAUGUCUAGAGAGAAGGGAGCAGUCCAGGAGAUGAACACCCUGAUUACUGUGGAUGGUUUGUCCUGCACUCAGAGUCAUAACACAUUGAACCAAAGAUUCGUUGUGUUUUCUCUGAGCUGUCAGUCUUCGUGAGUAGAUGGCAAGAUUUGUAUUGCGGCUUGUUGUCAUAGGGGCCUGUGGAUGGUCAAACAAACCCCAGGACUUGUUGUUAAAUUUCCAUCUCAGUGAUCCACCGUGUGUCCCUGAUGCUACCUGGCACUCAAGUGUGACUAAAGAGCCAACAAGUACAUCAACUGUCUGAGGAACCAGCCUCAAAUCUCUCGAGAAAACUCCAAGUUGUCAGGUGAUGGAACUCACUUCUCUGCUACCUCCUCCUUCGUCCUCCUCACCUUCUCCUUCCCAACUAUUGCAAACGAUACUCUUGCUGCAUCUGGAAACCACACCUAUGCAUCAGCUCGUGGGCACGAGAGCUACGAGUUCCUCCGUGACUGCUUCGCCCCAGUAUGGAAGGAGGUAGCAGACUUGCUCUCAGACCCAGUGGUCGAGGUUAACGGGACCCUUUACAGCCUCGACAUCAUCUGUGGCUCAGACUACAAGAUGUAGAAGUCAGAGGCAUAGAGAAGAUCCACCAUGAAGGUACUCUGCGGAGGAGAAAAAGAGAAAGCUAUUGGAUCUUCACACUCAGAACUCUGUCUCCUGUGGGGCUCAACCUAGACGAGUAGGCACCCACAAAUAGAACACCAUCGCAGACAGCCCCCAUCUGCUUGGUAAAAGACAUCUGUCACCUGACAAUGUUAUAAUACAUCAAUAGGCAGCAUCUGCAUGUAUAUUCACUUGCCUGAAGAAGAUCCCUCGGGGAUCGAAAUGUUGCAAGAUGAUACUUUUGGUUUGUCUGCACGCAAAGCCCUUCACCAUUUUUGCGCCAUUUUGCUAUCACCCACAAACCAUGGGUGUGGACCCUAGUCAGUUGUCUCCAUGACUUCUACCAGGGAGCCUCUUUGGUGGUCUGGCUUAAUCAGGUGAGGUCACCCUACCGUUACUCACUUGUCCAUUAUUACACAGCACAUUUUGGGGCACCAUGUCUACACCAACAUAGAUGGUGCUGAUCUCGACAUUGCUACUGUAAGUUAUCGUCAGAACUCGAGACAUUUGCAACCUAUUAUAGGCUGCCACGGAUGUUCGCCGUAUCAAGUGGGGCCAGAAGUGGCUGCCCAGAUACUUUUACCAACACAUCUACAUCCCACUUCUGUACUGCGCUCUGGGACUCAAGGCUUGAAUUCACAUGAGUAAAAAAUGCCAACAUUCGAAUGAACCAACUAUCAAACACUCAGCUGUUUGUGUUCUUUGCCGGCAAAUUGUUCCACUGUACUAACCGCUUUAUCAUCCCCUGGGCUCUUCAUACCCUGGACUAGUGUGGUGAGACAAAGGAUAACUUUAUACUUCAAACUACGGGACAUGCGAACUCAUUGUUUCAGCUGCUGUACAAUAUUGCCAUGGAGUUUGUCUUCAGCUACUGGCUUGCCCUCACUUUCCAAGCCUCUCAUGUUGUCAGUGAGGUUGAGUGGCCUACACCGGAUCCAAAAGAUUUGACGGUCCAUCAGGACUGGCUGAGUUUCGUUGAUCCACGCAGGGCAGAGAUGCAGGUGCCUACCGCACAGGACUACACAGACAGUUGGUUCUGGACUGUGUUCACAGGAGCUCUGAACCACCAGACUGCCCACCACCUGUUCCCUGGGGUCAACCAGGGCCACUACCCCAUCAUAACCUCCAUCCUCCAGCAGACCUGCCAGGAGUUUGGUCUCUCCUAUAUUAUACCACCACAUUGA